CUAGAGGAACUCUUUACAGAGCAGGACCCUAGGUCUAUGAACAUAGACUGUGCUACAACUAAAUUGUUCUCCUCUUCGCUGGUACAAAGGCCAUCAUGUCUGAGUGUGAGCCGUGGUGAGGAGAGGUCCUCCAUGGACAGCAGUCCCAGGAAGUGGGUGCUGCAGUCUCUGACUCCCCGUCUGGACCCCUCUGACCUCCGCACCCUGCUGGGUCCCCCGGUCCCCCCGCUGGGCCCCCCUGGCCCUCAGGGGUCAGGGGGGGCUCUGGUACCGGCCCGACUUGUGACGUUGUCACAAUGUGAAGACCCCGAUGGAGAUGUCCCUCUCACCAGCUGUCCCAGCAGUCCCAGUGGUCCCAGUAUUCCCAGUAGUCCCAGUGGUCCCAGUAGUCCAAGUAGUCCCGGUCCCAGCAGUCCCAGUAGUCCCAGUAGUCCCAACAGCAGCGCCGGCUCCCCCUGCGGUUUCUACAGUUUUGUCGACUCUGGGAGUCUGGAGGCGGGGCUGAACGAGGCGUGGAUGCUCUCUCCACGGAGACGGCUGCGGCUGAACACCCUGAGGGAGGGGGAGGGCUUCAGGCUGCAGACCUACCAGAGCCACCGGAGGCCGGGACGCCUGUUCCAGGAGGAGGAGGAGCGGUACCGCACCGAGCAGCACGGACCUGCAGCUCAGGAAGAAGAGCAACAAGAACUGCGUCGUGAGAUCAUCCGCACCCAAGCCCCGAAGAGCAGCCUGACGCUGGGGGCCCGGGGCCACUCUGGGAGAGGGGGGGAACCGACCCGCUCCCCGGCCGAGCGGCCGGGAGGUUCUAGUCUCCGCGUUGAGUCCCGCACCUCGAGCCCAGAAGGAGGUACCACAGACACGUCUGGGAGCGUCGACAGCGGGCAGAUCGACUUCAGCACCGCCAGACAGCAGUUCCAGAAGCUGGAGCGCGACCGGCUGAAUGUGCCGAGGUCUCCUCAGAACGCAGCUCUGCCUCCAGACCAGCCUCCCUCCAAGCCUCCGUCGAGGCCCCUGCACCAGGAAAGUACGGCAGCAUCCUUGCAUAAGCAGGAUGUACCAGACCACGUCCCUACCCAGAGAGACCGUUCCUCCACCCUGGGGCUGGCCUGGCCACCCGCCUCUGCCCGCUUCAGCGAUGGCCGCCCCUCCCCUGUCUGCCCCGAGGACAGAACAGGGCCGGGGGGGCUCUCUCCGGAGACGCCGAUCGAGAGAGAGAUGCGUGAGGCUCAGCAGCGAGAGGAGACGCUGCGGCGUGCGCGGGGACUGAAGCCCAUUAGGGCGGAGAUGGUUGAGAUCAAGUCCAAGUCUUUAUUUUCCCAGCUCAGCCCUUCUGGGCUGAAAGGUAAGGAGAGGAACCAAGUCCGCUUCCUGACCCAGCGAGAGAUCCAGCAGGGAAGGAGUUCACUGCAAGAUAACCCCUACCCUAACUCUGACCUCGACCCUAGCCCCUACCCUUACCUCAACCCUAACCCUGACCUCGACCCUAACCCCUACCCUAACCUCGACCCUAACCCUAACCCCUACCCUAAGCCUAACCUCGACCCUAACCCUAACCUCGACCCUAACCCCUACCCUAAGCCUAACCUCGACCCUAACCCCUACCCUAACCUCGACCCUAACCCCUACCCUAAGCCUAACCUCGACCCUAACCCUAAACUCGACCCUAAACCCUCCCCUAAGCCUAACCUCGACCCUAACCCCUACCCUAACCUCGACCCUAACCCCUACCCUAAGCCUAACCUCGACCCUAACCCUAAACUCGACCCUAAACCCUCCUCUAAGCCUAACCUUGACCCUAACCCCUACCCUUACCUCGAACCUAACCCCUACCCUAAGCCUAACCUCGACCCCAGCCCCUACCCUAACCCUAAACCCUCCCCUAACCCCUACCCUAAGCCUAACCUCGACCCUAACCCCUACCUUAACCCUAACCUCGACCCCAACUCCUACCCUAACCCUAACCUCGACCCUAACCCCUACCCUAACCUCGACCCUAACCCCUACCCUAACCCUAAACCCUCCCCUAACCCUAACCUCGACCCUUAUCCCCAGGAAGGUCAGCAGGCUCCCUCCCAGCUAGAGGCCAGCCUGAGAGGGUCUGAGAGAAGGAGGCCUUUAGAGGAAAGCAGCAGAGACAGAGGAGGAGAGAGGGAGUUGGCCCCAGGGUCACCCUCCUCCUGCUGUCCUCAGAGACACACUGAAGACCCCCAGCUGGGCCCCUGGAGCGCUGCCGACCACCACACCUCCUGGGCCCACCGUCAGGUCCUGCCCCCCGCCCGCCUUGACCCUCUGGCUCCGGUGACGGAGGCUGACGGAGGCACCAGGAGCAGCGUCACAGCAGGGGCAGCUGGGCGAGCAGGUCCUCUUGGCUGGAGGGAGGGGCUGGGCGUGGGGGGGGCUGGCGUCCCGGGCCGCGUCAAGAGGGACAUCGAGGAGGACCUGAGGCGGGAGGAGGAGCUCCGGCAGCAGAGGGGAACCGGACCCUCACCCCCCCUGGAACCAAGACCCUCAGCCCCUCUGGAAUCUGGACCCUCAGCCCCUCUGGAAUCUGGACCCACCGCCAAACGCUCAACACCAGGUUGGAGUUUGGAUUCAUGUUUUCCCACCCUACACCCCAGCACCACCACCCGAGCCUCCAACGGCCCCCCGCUCCAGAGUCACGUUAAACCCAGACUGCAGGAGAGCUCGUAUGCAGGGAUCCUUCCCAUUGAUCACAUCAACAACCAGGUGGUGAAGGCCACUCGCGUCUUCAGGCACCAGAACCUCAAGGCCCUGCAAUGGGAAGCCGGCCAGUUCUACUCCCUGCCGGACCAGCAAGCUCCCACUGCCUCUGACCAGACCAGUCCCACUGCCUCUGACCAGACCAGUCCCACUGCCUCUGACCAGACCAGUCCCACUGCCUCUGACCAGACCAGUCCCACAAAAAUCAUAUAAGACAACAAACUUCAUUAAAUGUAUUCAUUUAUUUUGAAAGGAAAUUUAAUUUAAAUUAGUGUUUCAAUACAGAAUGAUAUCUGAAUGUUUUACUUUAAAAACGUACGAGUCCUGUUAACCACCUCUAAUACCACUCUACUCAAAUAAAGCAAAACUAAAUUAAAUAGGAUUGUGUGAAAAUACACUUUAUUCAAUUGUCUUUAAAUAGCAUCUUCUAAAGCAGUGGUGUACCACGUCGCCACCUGGUGGAGAGGCUAACUCUCUGAACAUAGGAAUAGAUUUCAGUUUAAAAUAAUGAAUUAUUAAUACUGAAAACACACCAAACCUCUCAACCCCCCAGCAGCCAUCAUCUACAUCUGGACUGAAGCUAUGAAUUGGAUCAUUAGGAAGGCUGAACAUAUUACAUCUUAAAACAGAAAUAAAACCAUCCACAGUGGGUUACAACACAAUGCUACCUUGAAAACAUGAACAUGAAAACAUUAGAAAUGGAUUGAAUCAUGGAAGAAAAACAGCAAAGACUUCAUGAAAUGACACAGGAGCAGAUAUGAGCACAGGUUUGUGAUACAGUUCUUAAUUAGCUGGAGCUAGCUGGUGAUUAGCUUGAGCUAGGCGGUUAUUUGCUUGAGCUAGGUGGCUAUUAGCUUGAGCUAGGCGGUUAUUAGCUUGAGCUAGGUGGUUAUUAGCUUGAGCUAGGUGGUUAUUAGCUUGAGCUAGAUGGUGAUUAGCUUGAGCUAGAUGGUUAUUAGCUUGAGCUUGGUGAUUAUUAGCUUGAGCUAGGCGGGUUAUUAGUUAUAGUUAGUCGGUUAGGAGGGCUAGGAGGUUGUUAGCUAAAGCUAGGAAGUCAUAGCUGGAGCUAAGACGUUAUUAUGUGAGCUAGGUGGUUAUUAGCCGGAGCUAGGACUAUAGAUUAGCAUUUUACAAGGGUUCCUCAAACUAAGGACAGUUGGUUUUUAUCUCUUCUAAUGGAGGAUAGCUAAUCAUUAAGCAAUGACUGCUGUUUGAGGACAGCAGCAGUGAAUGAAGGAAGCUGAACAGUUAACAUCAGUCUGGAUCGAGUUAUAAUGUGACUAAUAACAUAACACUGAGAACAAUAAUAGCAAGAACAAUUUUCUGUGGAUGGUUCUUCGUACUAAACAGUCUCAGAGCUGUCCAUUGGCAACAUGAGAUCAUUUCCUUUAGAAGACUUCCAGACCACCUGGGACGGGGUCUAGUGUCUAGGGUCAGGGAAAGGGUCUCUGAACAGGGUUAGGGGUCACGGGGAACAAGGUCUAAGGACAGGGUCCAGGAACCGGUCUGGUGUCAGGGACUGGGGGUCCGGGUCUAGGUCCACGGUGUAGGGUCUAGGGCCACGGUGUAGGGUCUAGGGCCACGGUGUAGGGUCUAGGGGCCACGGUGUAGGGUCUAGGG